UGCAGCACAGUGGCACGUCCUGGGCCCUGCUCGGCGCAAGAUGGCGGCGUCCGUGUGCGCGCUGGCCCUGUGGCCACGGGUGGUGCCGUGGAGUAGGGAACUUCCGGGCGCCUGGCGUGCCCUGCACACCUCCGCAGUCUGCGCCAAGAACCGGGCGGCCAGAGUCCGCGUGGGCAAGGGGGACAAGCCCGUGACCUACGAGGAGGCCCACCCACCACACUACAUCGCCCACCGAAAGGGCUGGCUUUCGCUGCACACAGGUAAUCUGGAUGGGGAAGAACAUGCUGCAGAGCGAACGGUGGAGGAUUUUUUCCUACGCAAGUUCAUGCUGGGUACCUUCCCAGGCUGUCUGGCUGACCAGCUGGUCCUGAAGCGCCGGGCCAACCAGGUGGAGAUCUGUGCCCUGGUCCUGAGGCAGCUGCCAGCACACAAGUUCUACUUCCUCGUGGGCUACAGUGAGACUCUGCUGUCCCACUUUUACAAGUGUCCUGUGCGACUCCAUCUCCAAACUGUGCCCGCAAAGGUUGUAUAUAAGUAUAUUUAGGAUGAUGCCCUUUUUUAUAUCAGGGUGCAAUAUGCAAAGGUGAGAAAUGUGGGAAAGAAGACCAGUAGAAUGAGGAGAAAUGCAAAUCCUUGGAAGACAGAGUCAUCAUCACUUCUAAGCUGCUGUUGAAUAAAGAUCCUCGUGCUGCCUUCUGUUUUCCUUU